CUCCCGAAUGCUCAGUGGGGUUGUGCUCAACGUUCAGGGACUGAAGAUGGCCACUGGUGAACCCGAUGUCCCACCCCUCCAGGGCCGUGCCCGCUUCCGAGAACUGUUGCUGGGUGACCAGCCGUGCCAAAGUGAGGACAGGGUACAUGUGGAGUUCUAUGUGAACGAGAACACCUUCAAGGAGAGACUCAAACUCUUCUUCAUUAAAAACCAACGCUCCAGUCUGCGCAUCCGAAUCUUUAACUUCUGUCUGAAGGUUCUGACGUGUGUGCUUUACAUCAUACGCGUGAUGACCGAUAACCCAGCUCAUCUCCGCAACACAUGGGAGCUAAUCCUGUGGGUGGAUAGAAAAACUCCUGUGUGGGCGAUUCAGGUGAUAGUAGCAUCAAUCAGUUUCCUGGAGGCCAUGCUGCUCAUGUACCUCAGCUACAAGGGAAACAUCUGGGAGCAUAUAUUCCAGGUGGGAUUCCUCCUGGAAAUGUUAAAUACCGUCCCCUUCAUAAUCACGAUCUUCUGGCCGACUCUGAGGAACCUCUUUAUCCCUGUUUUUCUCAACUGCUGGCUGGCCAAGCAUGCCCUGGAGAGCAUGAUCAAUGAUUUACACCGAGCCAUCCAGAGGACACACUCUGCCAUGUUUAACCAGGUUCUGAUACUUAUCUGCACGCUGCUCUGCCUCGUCUUCACUGGCACGUGUGGGAUACAGCAUUUGGAGCGAGCCGGGAGAAACCGUCUCUCUCUCUUUAACGCUCUUUAUUUUUGCAUCGUCACUUUUUCCACCGUGGGUUUUGGUGAUGUGACGCCUCAGAUUUGGCCUUCACAGCUGCUCGUGGUGGUGAUGAUCUGUGUGGCGCUGGUGGUGCUGCCCCUUCAGUUUGAAGAACUGAUUUAUCUGUGGAUGGAGAGGCAGAAGUCUGGAGGAAACUACAGCAGGCAUCGUGCGCAGACAGAGAAACACGCUGUGCUCUGCGUCAGUUCCCUGAAAAUCGACCUGCUCAUGGACUUCCUCAAUGAGUUCUAUGCUCACCCACACACACAGGAUUAUUAUGUGGUGAUCCUGUGUCCAUGUGAGGCUGACAGCCAAGUUAGAAGAGUUCUGCAGAUUCCACUUUGGUCUCAGAGGGUCAUAUACCUGCAAGGCUCCGCCCUAAAAAACCAGGACCUCCUUCGAGCCAAGAUGGACGAUGCAGAGGCUUGCUUUAUUCUGAGCAGCAGGAACGAAGCGGAUCGAAUGGCCGCAGAUCAUCAAACGAUACUGAGAGCAUGGGCAGUGAAGGAUUUCGCCCCGAACUGCCCCCUCUACGUCCAGAUCCUGAAACCUGAAAACAAGUUCCAUGUCAAAUUUGCGGACCACGUGGUGUGUGAGGAGGAGUUUAAGUACGCGUUAUUAGCUCUGAACUGCCUGUGUCCGGCCACGUCCACUCUCGUCACUCUGCUCGUCCACACGUCCCGUGGACAGGAAGGUCAGCAGUCCCCCGAGCAGUGGCAGAGAAUGUACGGCCGCUGCUCCGGGAACGAAGUCUAUCACAUCCGACUCAGCGACAGCAUGUUCUUCAGAGAGUUUGAGAGCAAGAGUUUUACCUAUGCUGCUUUCCAUGCACACAAAAAGUAUGGCGUGUGUUUGAUAGGGAUAAAGAGAGAGGACAAUAAAAUGAUCCUGCUGAACCCCGGUCCCCGUCAUCUCAUGGCUGUUGGAGACACCUGCUACUACAUCAACAUCACUAAGGAAGAAAACUCUGCAUUUACUGUCAGACAGGAAACGCAUCACAGGAAGAAACAGAGGAACAGUAACAUUCUGAACAGCCCUUCUGAGCUCCCCGUCCACAGCAUCAUCGCUAGCAUGGGGACCGUUGCGAUGGACUUCCAGAACACAAGCCCGACAGGAAACACGGCCAACCUGGCACUACCUUCGGAGAACGGACCAGAAAGUCGCCGAACCAGCAUCGCUCCCGUUCUGGAGAUUGCAGACUCUGCUUCCUUACUGCCGUGUGACCUCCUCAGCGACCAAUCAGAAGAUGAAACCGCACACUCAGAUGAGGAUGUUCCCUCUGUCUCCGAGUGUGUGAAAGGCUAUCCUCCUAACUCACCCUACAUAGGCAGCUCACCAACGCUGUGCCACCUCCUGCUCAAUAAAGCCCCAUUCUGCUGUCUGCGUCUCGACCAGGCAUGCGAGCAUGUUAGCUUUGAGGAAGCUAAAGCAUAUGGCUUCAAAAACAAGCUCAUCAUUGUGUCGGCUGAGACUGCGGGAAACGGCCUGUACAACUUCAUUGUGCCCCUGAGAGCCUAUUACAGACCCAGAAGAGAACUGAACCCGAUCGUGCUGCUGCUUGACAACCUGCCUGAUGAGCAUUUCCUGGAAGCCAUUUCCUGUUUUCCAAUGGUCUACUACAUGGUUGGAAGCAUUGACAACUUGGACAGCCUGCUGCAGUGUGGGGUGCUGUACGCUGAUAACCUGGUGGUGGUGGAUAAAGAGAGCACGAUGAGCGCUGAGGAGGAUUACAUGGCAGACGCUAAAACCAUUGUCAACGUUCAGACCAUGUUCAGGUUGUUCCCCAGUCUCAGCAUCAUCACAGAGCUGACUCACCCGUCCAAUAUGCGCUUCAUGCAGUUCAGAGCAAAGGACAGCUACUCACUGGCUCUGUCCAGACUAGAGAAGAAGGAACGUGAUAAAGGUUCUAACCUGGCCUUCAUGUUCCGCCUGCCGUUUGCCGCCGGCCGAGUUUUCAGCAUCAGCAUGCUGGAUACACUCCUGUACCAGUGUUUCGUCAAGGACUACAUGAUCUCGAUUACGCGUCUGCUGUUGGGGCUCGACACCACACCUGGAUCGGGAUACCUGUGUGCUAUGCGUGUUCGUGAGUGUGACCUGUGGAUCCGUACAUAUGGAAGACUGUUCCAGAAACUUUGCUCCACGAGCUCUGAGAUCCCUUUUGGAAUUUAUCGCACUGAGUCCCACAUGUUCCUGUCAUCUAAGUCCCAAUGUUCAGGUAGCGCAGAAGGAUGGGCAGACACCAAGGAGAAGGGGGAGGAGCCGAAAGUACUGAUUCAUAGUUCUUCAGGAAGCGACCAAUCAGAUCACUCUGUUUUGAGGAGGAAGAGCAUGCACUGGACACGGCGCCUGAGUAGGCGGGCCAUGAAGAGGAGCGACUCUGCUUUUUUCUCUGGUCAGACCAAACAUGGCGUGUCCCGGCUCUCGGAGAGGGCAGAGUUAACGGAGCUUGUCAGGAAUCGCAUGCAGCACCUAGGCCUACACACAGGAUUCAGUAAAUACCUAUUGAAAAUGCCCACUACCAAAGACGUCACCAAUCUGACAGCCAGCGAUGUCAUGAACAGAGUCAAUUUAGGUUACCUGCAAGGUGAGCUGAAUGACCAGCAGAACUCUCUCUCCUACGUGCUGGUUAAUCCUGGUCCUGACACGCCUCUCCAGCUACACGAUGUUGUGUUCCUGAUACGGCCGGAUCCGCUGGCUCACAUUCCAGACGAGAACACGACCCGGACGAAAAGUUAAACCGCACGUAACCAGUGCUAAUCUUGUAAGGUGUGAGCAAAAGCUAAGACUGCCCUGAAAUGAAUUUUUAUAAGUUUAAUUUGGAAUUGUCAGUAAAUUUCUGGAUCAGACCAAUGACACUAAGACAGAACUAAGUCACUUUUUUUUUUUUUUAUCAGGGCAGUGGUAGCUCUAAUUGGACUACUAAUUGGACUACUAAUUGGACUAACUGGACUAGUAAUCAGAAGGUCAUUAGUUCAAAUCCCAGCACUACCCAUCUGCCACUGCUGGGCCCUUCAGUAAGGCCCUUAACGCUCAGUUAAUUAGAUUAAAUUAGAUAAACGUAAGCCGCUCUGUAUAAUGAUGUUUGUCAAAUGCCAUAACGAGCUGUUUUACUAAGUGAACAUAACGUCCUCUGGCCAAACAGCGUUAAGACCUUCAGCUGUAUGGAGUAUAAAUAGUCUUACUUUUAGGCUUCUGAUUAAACAAAAGUGUUAAUAACGUGUAUUAAUAACACUCUCAAUUGGAAGUCAGUGCCAGGACUCAGGAAUAAAUUUGUUUUGCGUAUCCUUAAAGUCAUGUUCUAAAAUUUCUGUCCAGAACUUUCUCUAUAUUUUGGCUAAUCAGAAGCGUAUCUAAUCACUACUCUAUCUUCUUUUUUAAUUACUGGGAAGUUAAGGGCUAUGUGUAUAAGUAAGGACCAGUGUUGGUGAUGUGGGACAUCGUUAAGGACCGUUAGGUUAUCAGGUUGCAUUCCAAGAUCCGUCCCAAAACGCAUACAGUAUCUCACUAAAGUGAGUACACCCCUGACAUUUGUGUAAAUAUUUGAUGAUAUCUUUUCAUGUGACAGCACUGAAGAAAUGACACUGUGCUACAGUGUAAAGUAGUGAGUGUACAGCUUGUGUAACAGUGUAAAUUUGCCGUCCCCUCAAAAUAACUCCACACACAGCCAUUAAUGUCUAAACCGCUGGCAACAAAAGUGAGUACACCCCGAAGUGAAAAUGUCCAAAUCGGGCCCAAUUAGCCAUUUUUGCCUCCCCGGUGUCAUGUGACUUGUUAGUGUUACAAGGUCUCAGGUGUGAAUGGGGAGCAGGUGUGUUCAAUUUGGUGUCAUCGCUCUCACACCCCCUCAUACUGGUCACUGGAAGUCCAACAUGGCACCUCAUGGCAAAGAACUCUCUGAGGAUCUGAGAUCUUUGGUUGUUGUGAUAUUUAUCUGUCAGAGUAUAGUCUGCUGGCAUGAUUCUUAGCCUUCUGGGUAAGACUAGGUCCAUACUGAUCUAUUUAUCCUCUCCAAAACCCUUGUUGACCUUGGCAAACUGGUCUGGAGUUGGAACAUUAAAAAACAACAACAACCUGGAGAUAUACAAAUGACCGUGCCUCCGUUUCAGUAUUGCUUUUAAAUCACCCUUGUCAUCUUGGACGUAGUAUUUCCUCUUGGCGGAAUCAUCGUUUCCCCUUUAACAGCAGUUCCAUUAUUUUUGACAGCUCCAGUGAAGUUCAUUAGAUGGCCAGUAGAUGUCGAUCAAGUUAACAUUAUUGUGGACUUUCUUCAGAAGCUUGUAGGUAACGAGUGCGACCCGUAGGAAUUACAGAACUGUGGCCUCACUCAAGUGUAAACUGUGUGAAAUCUGCGGCGUGUCUCUAUGAUGAGCAGGUGGAUACAAAUAUUUCUAUUUAUAUUUAUAUUUACAGUAUAUUUAUAUUUAUAUUCUAAGUCUGAAAUGUUUACAGUUGUAGUCUGAUCAGUAGAGGGUGCCAAUGAGUUUGGUUUCAGAACAGAAUUCAGGACCUUAUUACCUCAUAUUACUGCCUCAAGUAUUAGUACAGAACAUAAUGUGCUAUAAUGAUAUUAUUCGAAUAGAUGUCAUAUUUUUAAUUGUUGUUUUACAAAGAGUGGGUGAUAAUAUAGCCAGGGUAAACUGAUCUUAGAUCAGUGUAAAAAUUAACUAUGAUCCUUUCUGAGGAUUUGUUCCAUUUGCUGCUGGUGAAGAUUUUACUUGGUCAUAUUAUUGCUGCUGUUUUUGUUGUUGUUGUUGUUGUUGUUCAGCAUCUAUUUUUGUCAUCUUUCAGCAUUAAAAAUUGUAUCAUUCUGAAACGGGUAAAUACCUCAUUAUUAUUGCCUUUUACGUUGGAAAUUAGGAAAGGAUUAUUUUCUUAAUUACUGCUUGUUCAUGGAUUUUUAAAUGUACUGCACAUGAGCGAUGUGGUCAGUUCACAAAGUUCAUACGUUUAAUAUAAUAUUUGUCAUUGUAAAAGUCGCUUUUGUGUUGUGAACCUAGUCUUAGCACUCAGUUACGGAUAAUGAACGUAAUAUAUUUAUAGUUGUUGAUUUAAGGAGCUAUGUGUAAGGUUAAAGACGUCAACUGCGCUCCUUUCUAAAUGGUGCCGUUAUCGUCAGUAAUAUAAACUAUGAAUAAAAUAGUUAGAGUUCAUCGUUGCGGAUUACUUAUUUCGUAUUACUUAUAUACUUAUAUACGUUUACAUCUGUGAGUAACCUUUUGUUCGACCUACGAAGGACGGAACAAACUGAAUAACAGUGUUCACUGCCAGUUUGUAGUCGUGAUUUAGUUGAUAAAUCGGUCGAUAAGAUCACAGAGUUCGUGUUUAUAAAUUAAUUUGUGAAGUAUAGUCAUACAUAGUUUAGAAAUGGAUAUAGCUUAUGAACUGGUUAGGCAAUUAAAAAUAUCGUUUGCUUUGCUUCAUACUGUGCAGUGCACCCUUGGUAAAUACGAGCUAAGAAGGCUGUGAAAAAUGGUGUUUAUUGCCUAAAAAGCUCUGUUUUGCUUUCAUCUGACCACAGAACCCGAUCCCAUUUGAAGGUCCAGUGGUGUCUGGCACACUGAAGUCGCUCGAGUUUGUGUUUACAUGCAUAUAUUUAACAAAUAUAUUAUUUUAUUUUUUUUAAUAAACCUGAGUUCUGUUUGCAAUUGUUUAUAUACAUGAGAGCAGAGUACUUUUUGUGAAUUUUUUUUUAACAAAAGUUCAAAAGGUUCAACAAUAAUAAUAAAAAAUAAAAAAAAUUCACAACCUUCUUUGCUCAUGUUUAGCAAGGGUGCUAAUAUUAGUGGAGGGCAGUGUAUGUCCAUAGUACAUAGAACAAUAAAGAAGACCACCGAUGAACACACGUGUGAAGGUUUCUCGAGUUCUGACGAGAACUCGAUGCUGAUCGUGAGAGAUGUUCGCUGAAAGCUGAUUGGCUGAUGGCUGUAACUCGCUCAUAAUUAGACAUCUAGUCGCAAAUGAGCAGAGCGACGCAGUACACCGAAUUUCAGUUCAAUCAGGCUUUCGGAAUCCUGAGAAACGGCUAUUUGACGGCUCCCUGUUGAUGACCACAAUGGCUUUGUGUUCUAGCACUUUGUACUCGGAAGCGUAAUUAUCUAAACAUCUGCCCGGUGAACUUUGCAUUUAAAGAAAGUAAGAAUCUUACAUGUAGGUCCUUUGAGAUUCAGUGCUUUAAGAUGAACUGAUGUUUUGAUUAUACUCGCGGUAUUGAUGUCGUUUAUUAUCGGUUGUCAGAUGAAUCUACAGUAUCAAUUGUACAACUGCACUGUUAUAAAUAAAGUAAGGUUGCAGUAACGUUUGACAUUGUGAUUUUGAAGUGUCACAGACUCAAAUCAUUAUUUUUUGUUUGUUGUUGUUG